AUGAAGCUCUCCCUCCCCGUCAUCCUCGCGCCGCUGGCCGUCCUCGCCCUGCCCACCGACAGCCCCUCCGCCGCCGUCGUCGAACGCCAGUCGCCAACCAGCGUCGACCAGCUCAUCAAGGCCCGCGGCAAGCUCUACUUUGGCGUGUCGACCGACAACGGCAUCCUCCAGAAGGGCAAGACGGCGGCCAUCAUCAAGAGCAACUUUGGCCAGGUGACGCCCGAGUACUCGAUGAAGUGGGACGCCACCGAGCCCGCGCGCAAUAGCUUCACCUUUGGCAACGCCGACUACCUCGUCAACUGGACCCAGCAGAACGGCGGCAAGACAAUCCGCGCCCACACGCUUCUGUGGCACAAUGCCCUGCCGGCGUGGGUCGCCGCCAUCAAGGACAAGGCGACGCUCACGGCCGUCGUCGAGACGCACAUCAAGACUGUGGUGGGGCGGUACAAGGGCAAGGUCCGGUCCUGGGACGUCGUCAACGAGGCCUUCAACGACGACGGCACCCUCCGGAGCACCAUCUUCUCGCAGGUGCUGGGCGAAGCGUACAUCGGCAUCGCCUUCCGCGCGGCGCGGGCCGCGGACCCCGCCGCGAAGCUCUACAUCAACGACUACAACCUUGACGGGGCGGGCUGGGCAAAGGUCGCCGCGGUGGUCGCCAAGGUGAACCAGUGGAUCGGCCAGGGCAUCCCCAUCGACGGCAUAGGCUCCCAGACACAUCUGGCCGCGAACAAGGCGAGCACAAUCCAAGGCGCGCUGCAGCAGCUCGCGGCGUCGCGCGUCUCCGAGAUCGCCAUCACCGAGCUCGACAUCACCGGCGCCCCGCCGAGCGACUACGCGACGGUCGUCGGCGCGUGUCUCAGCGUGCCCAAAUGCCGAGGCAUCACGGUCUGGGGCGUCAGCGAUAAGGAUUCGUGGACCAGCGCAACAAAACCGCUCCUGUUCGACGUCAAAUACGCGCCAAAGCCGGCGUACAAUGCCGUUGUCACGAGGUUGCGACAGAAAUGA